UCAAAAAUGUUCAGUCCUAGUUAAAAUGAGGAAGUGCACUGCAGCGUUGUCGUAAUGGCGCAAAAACUCAAUUUAGAGCAACGUGUUCUGUUAUCUGUUUAUGAUAUGUUGUCCUGUGUUUUCUGAGAGAGAGAGAGAGAGAGAGAGAGAGAGAGAGAGAGAGAGAGAGAGAGAGAGAGAGAGAGAGAAGGCAUAAUCACAGGAGACAGGCGGCGUUGCAGAAAGCAAUAAUGGGAACAGUGAAAGCACCAUGGAAGCAGCUUCUUCUCGACGCAUUACAAGCCAAUUCCCAUCUUAAACACUCUUCUUUCUUUCAGCUCGCUACCAUUGGUUGUAAUGGAAGACCUUCAAAUCGCACUGUCGUUUUCAGGGGGUUUCACGAGGAUUCUGAUAAGAUUCAAAUCAACACAGAUUACAGAAGCCACAAGAUUGAGGAGCUUAAGCAUUGUCCAUUUGCUGAGAUUUGUUGGUACUUCACUGACUCUUGGGAGCAAUUCCGGAUCAAUGGAGCUAUUGACAUUAUUGAUGGAUCAAAUCCUGAUCCUAUAAAACUUCAGCAAAGAGAGAAAUCAUGGUUUUCCAGUUCUCUUAAAUCUAGGCUGCAGUAUUUGGGGCCUAAUCCAGGUCUUCCAAGUAUAGAUGAAGAUCCGACUAAAGAAACUUUUCUCGACAAUUCUAGCGGCCCAGUCAAUGCAUUUUGUGUGCUAAUUUUAGAUCCAGAUCAGGUUGAUUACUUGAAUUUGAAGAGCAACCAGAGGCUAAGCUUUGCAUCUAGACAAGGUGUCAGCGGGGAGAAGUGCUGGACUUCUGGGAGAAUUAAUCCUUAACAUCUGUAUUGUGAUUUCAAUGCAACGUGUUACCAUCCAACAUUGGGAAUAAAUAAGAAGGUAAUGUUGUACCUCUUUAUAUGUAUGAUCAUCAAUUGCGUUUUACAAACUAUACUAGUGGGUGAUAGAACUUCUUUCUUGGAUCUCCAAUUAAUGAAGCUGUGUAUAUGCAUAUGGCUUUAAUGAUUGAUUGAGCACUCUCACAACAAUUUGUAUAUGCUUGUGCUGUGCAAGGUGUUUGCUAUUCUCCACGUCACUCACCAAAAUUCUGCAUGUAUUCCACUUUAUGCUGAUAAAUAAUUAUAUGCGUAGUUGCAGGACAUACAUUUCGUGAUCUUUUUUCUUUUGCUUGUUAUUCUAUAGAAUACAAUUUAGAGAAUUGGGAAAAUAAGGGUAGAAAAUGUGAUAGAAAAAGGUCUAUAGUUUUUUAUCCAAUCUUUUUGUUCUUUUUCUUGCAUCUUGUAUACACACACACACAGUCAUUUUGUCAAAGGGAUAUAACAUAUCAAAACUUGCUCCAAAAGAAUCCUUGGUUGGGAUGAAAAGGAGAAACAAGUGGUAAUUACUACAAGAAUGCUUAACUGCAUAUCCUAGCAUCUUGGCAGGUCAGUGGGAGGAUGUGGAAGGGUCUCAGGAUCUCCCUUACCAUUCUUCACAAUGAUCACCGUGCCUAAUCCCCAUGACUGGUGUAUGUCAAGGUGACAAUGCAUAAACCAAACUCCUGUAGCAUUCAAUAUCAAAAUCAUUUAAUGUAUCAGUAAAAACCAAAAACACCCCAACUAGAGAUAGAGUAGCAUACUAAACUACCAAUUAUACUAAACACAUAAUAUAUUUGGUUAUUCAAAUGUGUGAUGAGGACAAUGCUACAAGUUUUACUUUACAGUGCUCAACGCUGGCACGGUAUGAGACUCGUUUCAUACUAUGCGGAAGCAUGUACCUAGUGGUGCUCCAGAACUAAGAGAAAUGUCAUGCUUACCGGGAUUGUCAGCAACAAAUCGGAUAGCAGCCCAUCCGCCAACGGGAACUCCAAUCGUGUUCAUAUAAGGUGGAUCCACCAAAUUGAAUUUUGCUGUUUUUUCAUCAUAGUUACCAUUGCCAUAUCCAACAACGUAGAAGCUAUAGCCAUGGAGAUGGAUUGGGUGAUUCUCAGUGGAGACAGUUCCAGUGUCCUGAAAAAUAAGUUGAACCCUGGUUCCAUAUUCAAGGACAAUGGUCCUAGUCCCAUUCAAGGACUGCGUGUUGUUAGGAAUAUUAUUAGGUGCCCCAUUUACGAAAUCAUAGAAUUGAAGAGGUACUUCAGGGAAAUCCUCUGUAAAGGUACCGUUAAUCUUCUUAUAGUAAGCUUCCAGCACUGAAAUUUUAGGCUUUACAAAGCUUAUAUUAUUCAUUGAUGCUGCCAUAACCCCAUUAUUAGGGCCUUGACAAUUUUGUCUGGGUGUCUUGGAGUGACACUUUUGGACAUUUAAUCCAACAGUGGCAAAAAGAUUGGCAUCAAUUUGUUUUGAAAGAUUAACACUGGUUAGGCUCUUUAGUCCGUCCAUAAUUGUCUGAACCACAAGAUUAUCGUUAAAACUUGGUAAUUUAGUGGUUACAGAUAAGCUAUUAAGAACAGCCCCUGUGUAUUGAAAGUAGGCAAUGGAUGAGAUAUUUUGGAAUUGGACACCUGUUGCUGACAUGUAAGGUCCCAUGGCCAUAGAGUAUCUUCCUCUUGGCUGAUCAGCGGUGACAAGGACAUUCAUGGUUUGACCUGGUCCAAGCAUCACACGGUCUGUGGUGAAUGGUUUUGUAUACUCUGCAUCAGCUUCUACAAUAGUCAAUUUGUGAUUAGCUAUGGCGAAAAAGCUCUCUGUGUUUAGGCCUGCAUGUAUAAGCCUCAACAAGUAUGUCUUUCCUGGAGUCACAUUAAUUGUGUAGACAUCUGAAAAAAAUUCAACCUUUAGAUAUAUGGCUAGAUUUUUACUUCACAACAAAUUCAGUUCACAACUUAACAGAACCAUAUUAAAACUUUAGAUUAAGCAAAACUGCAUUUAGAGCUACCAUUGUUUGAGCAGUUAUAGUUGGGGCCUGGGUGGCCGUUGAUAGUAAAAGCAUCUGGUGGUGGAGGACUUCCCCCACUGGCUAUGGUGGUGUGAUCAAGUUGUACAACAUCCUUAAGCCAGUAUUCUCCUGCCAACAAAUACUUUCCUAAUUCAGUAUAUAAUAAUGUUCCAUUAUAUUUAUUGAAAUGUGGAGUUAGAUUUCUUACUUUGGUUGUCAUAAAGUCAGUUAUUAUACCUAGUAUGAUGAUGUGCUCCUGAAAGGGGUGCUUAAAGGGGUAAGGUACUCCUGUUCUGGGGUAGACAAUAAGGGCGCCAUAAACAGUUGCUCUUAGCCAAGAAACAUGGGCAUGCCAGAAAAAAGUGCCCUUUUGCUUCACCAACGUAAAUUUGUGUGUAAAACUCUGCCCGGAUUGAAUCGGACAUUGAGUAAUGUAGGAAGGCCCGUCAUACCAACAGGAUAGUAUUUGCCGAACACCAUGCCUGAAAAGAAAAUUGACUGGUAAACAAAGGGAAUAAUUGCAUGAUGCAUGCAGUACAUAUUAAGAACCCAGAAACAUUUCUACAAAGAAAUAAAGUUGUGUAAAUUUACCAGUGGAUUGUCAUAUUGAAUGGAGAUUCGUUUGUUACUUUUACUGUGACUGCAUCACCUUCUUGAGCAUAAACAACUGGUCCUGGGAACUUUCCAUUUAUUGUCACAAUGUCCUUGCUCUUACAGAGUUUACUAACUCUUUUCGUUUGAACCUGACAAAUGUGACAAAGUUUUUAUAUAUGAAUGCACAUACACACAGGUGUGUGUGUAUAAAUUGAAAAAGAAAAAUAAGUGACCUUGAAAUCAAAAAACUUGGUUGAUCUUCCAACAGGCCAUUGAGCCAUAACAUGUGCAUUAGAAACGUAGAGUAAUAACAAGCUGAACCAGAGCAGAAGUAUGCGAGUAGUGGCAAAGUUGGUCAUUUUUCCAGAGGAAAAACAGAGGAGUUGGGAAGUUUAAGAAGAUAGAUCAGCUUAAGUGUUAGUGAGUACUACUUAAGUGAGUGAACAUGAUAAUAUUGCUGUUUUCUUUCUAUUUAUAGUGAUGCAUAAAAAUUUUGAUUGGAGGAACACAGAAAAGGGUUUGGGUAGGUGUAUUAUGUUUGUCAGCUUUCAUGAUUCUUCUAACAUGGACUAGUGAUGAUAAGGUGUUGGGGAAGUAAUUAUUCAAUAUGAGCCAAUGUUGGGAGGAGGCUUUAACCUCCCUCUUUUGAUUUUUACCUCUCUAUAAACGUAAGUUUCUCUUUAGUCUUUACGAUAGAGUUUCUUUUCUUUUCGGUCAAUGUGACCCUUACAGAAAUCAUGGCAUUGGACUGAGAAUAUAAGCUCACAUGCUCUUGCCCUUGCCCUUAUAGUCCAAAUCCCAUUAGAACAACAACUAACUGUUCUCUUUUCUGUUUAUGUAUAGUCACUUUAUCUUACUUUUUAUCUAUCAACUUUCUGAUUCUGUUUAAUAAAGCUCUGAUUAUUUUUAGUUUUAAUGAAAAUCCAUGUCAUUGGCAGGUAGUGCAAUACAAUUGCUGGCCUAACUUUAUAUGUAUUUGUAAAGAUCUGCCUUGAAUCAGAGGGACCAACUGUAAUGACUUGCCUUGAAUCAAUGAAACAUGUAAACAAAUGCUGACUCUUGACAGUCACUUUCAGUAACCAUGAAAGGCAUAUCUUAACUUGGCUUAACAUUAUAGCUAUGGCAGCCAGUGCAAUCUAUAUCUUUGUUAUAAUUGUUUUUCAUUUUAUUCUCUUUUGUAAUUGCAAUGCUUAAAUAGUGUAGAAAGGUGAAUAAAAGGAUAUGGGCUUUUAUUGCUAUGCUUUUUAUUA